AUGUUGAUGAAGUGGUUGAGCAAUAAGAUGAUGAGUCCCCAAAACUUCUGUUCCGUCGCGCGAUUGCUGAACUUCUUGUGCAGCCAUAUGACUACAUUAUUCGUGCUGCUGAUAUUUAUCUGCGAAUUGGAGAAUCCCGGGACGCUUCUGUACCACCUCUCCGUUCCAAAGGGAGACGUUGGGGACUCACUGGCUGGAACCCCCAAUCAACGGCCCAAAUCGUCUACAUUUGACCGCCGUGGGGCAAUCCCUCGCUUUCACUCCCCAGGCGCUCAAGUUGCGGCCUCGGGAUCAAGCUUGGAGACAACAAGCAAUCGACUCAUUGCCAAGAUGGGAAGUGGUAGUCGCAGAUAUUCCCGGCAGUAUCCUAGACGAGGAGGCACCGUCUUCCGAAUAUCGCCCUCCCAGGACGAAUGGGUUACUUCGAAUAUCUCCGAUACAACUGCGUCACAGGCGAAACAAACCCAGUGUUGGAGGUUGCCAACCAAUAGAGACGCACAACGAGAUACAGACGAGGCCAAUCUGACCCCGAUACGCCGAGCCGGGACCCACAGAUAUGGCGCAAUAUCAGACAGGGACAGCCAACGUCGAUCAAUAUGGCACCAACACCAGUUACGCAAGGGUCGUUCUCGAGGGAGACGGAAAAUCAUCGGCAUUACUGCACGUUGA